AUGGCUGAUUUCAUUGCUGAAAACGCGAGUAUGGGUCCUCCUGCUCGGUGGAUGAAAUGCCCCCGAAAAGGACAGGUUGUCGGUGGACGUUUCGUGCCGUUCAAGACUCCCCUAUGUGCGGCUUAUGAUGAAAUGGUGCCAGAAGCGUCAAGGUUUUACCCUUCUAUGUUGUUUUCAAGCGUUGCCAGUGCAAAGGGAAAAAUUGGUAUGUGGAUAGACUUGACUAACACUUGCCGCUUCUACGAUCGAAGGGACAUUGAAGACGCUGGCGUCAAGUACGUAAAGCUCAAAUGUCGAGGGCACGGUGAAUGCCCCACACAGGAGCAGACUAGCGCCUUCAUAAAACUUUGUCAGAAUUUCGUUCGUGACAACAAGGACCUUCUAAUCGGUAAGCUAACGACCGCAUCUGUUUGCAUUACAGGCAAACUUUUUUCAGCUGUGCAUUGCACUCACGGCUUCAACCGAACCGGCUUUUUAAUUGCAAACUAUUUGGUAACGGCGGACAGCUGGAGCGUUGAAGCUGCUGUUGCUGAAUUUGCGAAAGCCCGACCGCCAGGCAUAUACAAGGAAAGUUAUCUCGCAGAGCUGUUCCAGCGAUUCGAUGACGCAGAUGCAACGCCGGUGGCUCCUCCUUUACCGAGCUGGUGCAACGAGAACAACUCUGUAGGCGAAGAAGGCUCAAACGACGGCUCGCGGUGCAACGGAUCGGCAGCAGCGAAUAAGAAAGGACCCGCCUUUGUCGACGGCAUCCCUUCGGUUGUGGCCGUCACAGACCGUUCGAAGUUGCAGAAGCUUCAGAAAAUGAGCCAGAGAAUGUGCGGCUCUAAAAGUAGUGGCUUUCCAGGCGGACAGCCAGUCUCUAUGGAUACACAGAAUGUACAGUUGUUGGAAAUGAACGAUUACAUGGUUAGCUGGAAGGCGGAUGGCGUUAGGUAUAUGAUCUUGAUUGCUGGAGAAAACGAAGUUUAUAUGAUCGACCGAGACAACAACUACUUUUCUGUGCCCAAUCUGACUUUUCCGCACAGGAAAGAGAAACGUCAUAUCAAGGAUACCUUGCUGGACGGCGAACUCAUCUUUGACGUAAGCAUGGGCAAGAAGAUACCUUCCUUCCUCGUCUACGAUAUUGUCGUGUAUGAGGGUCAGCCAGUUGGCCAGUGCCAGUUCGAUCGACGAGAGUUGUGCAUUGAUAAGGAAAUCAUUGGUCCUCGAAGGGCAGCUAUUCUAAACGGCACUAUUGAUCGGUCGAAAGAACCGUAUCACGUACGGAUAAAGCAGUUCUGGGACAUAACCCACGUAUCAACGCUUCUGAGCGGAAAGUUCACGAAUACACUCACUCAUGAAAUCGACGGUAUUAUAUUUCAGCCUUUCAGUGAG